AUGGUGAAGAAAGGUGAUGGUAGUGAUGACGAUGAAAGUAGUAAUAGUGAUGAUAGUGAUGGUGGUGAGUGUGAUGAUAGUGGUAAUAGUGAUGGCAGUGAUGGUGGCGAUUGUGAUGAUAGUGGCAGUGGUCAUAGUGGUGAUAAUGAUGGUGGUGAUUGUGAUGAUAGUGGCAAUGAUAAUAGUGGUGAUAUGAUGGUGGUGACUGUGAUGAUAAUGACAGUGGUAAUACUGGUGAUCAUGAUAUUGAGUGGUUAUGGUGAAAAUGGUGGUGUUUGUGGAGUGGAUAUUGGUUACGGAUAUGAUUGUGAUGGAAAUUGUAGUGAUGGUGAAGACUGUGGAUGUGAUAGUGAUGUUAUGUUCUUUGAUAGUGAUAAUAGUGACCGUCAUCGUCACCAUGGCGAUGGACACGGUGGUGAAUAUAGUGAUAGUGGCUGUGAUAGUGAUUAA